UUCACACGCCGAAGGCAUGGGCUUCAAAGAAAAACAUGGUGUAAUGGGUCCUGGAAAACUCGUAAGGUCACCCAAUGUAGAAGAGGACUGUAGCAAGAUGGAAAGGCUUGCUGAUUUCCAGCCCCUGGGAAUGUUUUUCCGCUGGUACCUGUAUGGCCUGCAUGGCUAUUUCUGUGAGGUGACAUUCACAGCAGCCUCAGACUUCAAGCUGAAUCGCACCUGGAAGCUCAUGGGUCACAGCAGCAUCUGGGCAUUCUUUAUUUAUGCCACAUCUAUCCUGCUGAUCGAGAGGAUGUACCUGCGAUUACGACUGCACUACACCAAGUUUAAGAGGGCCGUCAUCUACACCCUGUGGAUAUACCUGUGGGAGUUCAGCACAGGGUUCAUCCUGCGCUAUUUCAGUGCCUGUCCCUGGGACUACUCUUCCUUCAAUUAUAAUUUCAUGGGGUUGGUGACGAUGGAAUAUGCCAUCUACUGGUUCCUGGGGUCCAUCAUUGCUGAGCAGGUAGUCAUAAAGACCACUAUGAAGCUGGGGCUUGACAACAAGCUGAAUAACAUUCUCAGCAGAAAUUUAUAGGCAUCCUUGUUAUGGUCGGCUGCUUUUCUGCAGUCAAAAGUGAAAUAAAUUAAAUAUUGGAUUGCAUAAAUCUUAGGCUCUCUUGAGUAAAAAUCAGAAAGUACCCUGACAAAGGAAAUCCAUCUUCAUGUAGUACUGGGAAAGUAAAUUGAGUUCUCAAAACAUAACUUGGAACGAACUGUCACCUUCAGCUUUUCAAAUGAGUUUCCAAGCCUUUCACUAGCCUGAAAAAAGCCUUAAACUUUUAUUUUAUUUUAUUUUAAAUUUAAAAUUUUAUUACCUUUAGCUUUAUUUUAAUAAACAACCAGAUAAUUAAUCAACCAUUUAAACUUUGCCUUAUACCAUAGUUAAAACAAGAAUAUAGUUGUAGCUCUUAAGGGUGCUUGUGUGAGUUCAGAAGAACAAGGAAAUAGCUUUGCAAAUUAAAGGAAACAGCUCUGCUAUUAGGAAAGGAAGUGUCAGUCCACAGCCUUGACAUCCUGUAUGGUAUAUACCACACAGGAAGAGCAGAGCCCUUCAGAUGCGCAAGACAAGUACUGUAUGCACUAAAUCCUUCUCCUCUCGUAAGAACAUGAAGUAUAUAAAGAAGACAGAGACCUUUAGGCCCAUCUAAAGUGCCCUCUAAAGUUCACAGGAUGGCCACAACACUUUUAUGAGUACCUAAGUACCUAACAACAUCUGACCAACAAGAGAAACCUGUCAAUUUUAUUGUUCCAUUACUUUUGUAACUUCAAAAUAAUUUACUUGUCUCAAAGGGAAAUAACUGAUUUACUUAGGUGUUGUACUUACCAGUCACACUUUUUCACAAGAAGUGAUUAUUAUUAGAGUUUACAGUGAGAAGCCCAGAUAAAUAUCCAGGUAAUUCUACAAGAAAGAUAGUUCAUCAUUCCAAUACUUUUGGAGGGCACUGUCGAUAUUUUGGUUCCUAGUAUAUAAUCGAUCUGAAAAUAUGGGUCAGAUAUUUUUUGAAAGAUGCCAGGGUAUCAGCUUCAAUGUGUCUGGUUAGCUUGUUGCUACAACCACAAUUGUAUAGUUUUGCUUUUUUUAGUCAUAAAAGCACCUUCCCCUUAAGUUUCCAUUUGUGUUUUCUAGCUCUUAUUUCCAUACUGAUUUAAAAUAUUUAAUUUAAUUGAUUUUAUAAAGCCUGUAGCUUUAACUUUGUCAAUACCAUUGAGGAUGUCGAAAAAAUGAAUUAUGUGUGGUCUUUUUUAUCCAUUGUAAAAUUUUAACAUCUCUUGAUUUAGAUGCUUCUCUGUACUGUAUAUCUUAGCUCUAUAUCCCGUGAUUCUGUGGGCUUUUUUUGUUCCUUUCUCACUUUGUCUAUAAGACUUAAAUAAUAUGAACAUGAAUAUCUUAAUUUCUUUCAAUUUGCUUCUUCAAGGUCUUCAAGUGUUUCUUGUUUCAUAUAUGUAGUUUUUUUUUGCUGCUUCUUGUAUUCUCAAAGCAUGAGCAGGGUCAUGCUAAAUAUACUUUGUGCCCAAGAAUCUCCAGUUGGUAAAAUCAUGCAAACUGUCACAAUACAAUGAACAGUUCACUCACAGCUUGGAUUUAAUCAUGCCUGAAUGCUAAUUCAGUCCUCUGAAACUUUAAUUUGGAGUUAUUGUCCACACUAUUAUUACUGAGCCUUUUCAUACUUAGGGAUAUAGGAGCUUUUAAAAGCAUAAAUGUAACCAAUGUAGCUUCAAUAGCAGCGGUGUAGCUCACAGAAAUGUUUACUGUAACAACUCUACUUCUCUGUAACAUUCUGAGUAAAGGCUAAAAAAAAUAAUAGUGAUCAAUACAAUUUGGAUAUCCACCCCUACAA